GCGCGCGCACGCGCGCGCGCGGCUCGGCGGAAGCCACGGCGGGAGCCGCCGCGCGCGUGCUGCUCGGCGGCCAUGGAGGUGGCGAAGCGUGCGGACCGCAAGGUAAGCGCUGACACCGGAGCAGAGUCCAGCCCUCGAGGUCCGGUCUGCAGCCUCCGGCACUUCGCCUGUGAACAGAACCUGCUGUCCCGGCCGGAUGGCUCUGCCUCUUUCCUGCAAGGUGACACCUCUGUCCUGGCUGGAGUGUACGGCCCAGCCGAGGUGAAGGUCAGCAAAGAGAUCUUCAACAAGGCCACGCUCGAAGUGAUCCUGAGGCCGAAGAUCGGGCUGCCUGGCGUGGCUGAGAAGAGCCGGGAGCGCCUGACCAGGAACACGUGUGAAGCAGUGGUUCUGGGGGCCCUGCAUCCCCGCACCUCGAUCACAGUGGUGCUGCAGGUGGUGAGCGACGCAGGCUCCCUCUUGGCCUGUUGCCUGAACGCUGCCUGCAUGGCCCUGGUGGAUGCGGGUGUCCCCAUGCGGGCUCUCUUCUGCGGGGUCAGCUGUGCCCUGGACGCCGAUGGCAAUCUCGUGCUGGACCCCACGACCAAGCAAGAGAAGGAGGCCCGGGCCGUCCUGACCUUUGCCCUGGACAGUGUGGAACAGAAGCUGCUGAUGUCCACCACCAAGGGGCUCUAUUCUGACGCCGAGCUCCAGCAAUGCCUGGCUGCUGCCCAGGCUGCCUCGCAGCACAUCUUCCGUUUCUACCGAGAGUCACUGCAGAGGCGCUACUCCAAGAGCUGAGACAAGCCAGGGCACGGCGCCCCUCCCGCCCCCACGCCCACCGCCUCCGGCUGCCACAUGCCGGCACCCCACUCUACCUCUCUGUGCCCUUGUGGCUUCCAGUCCUGGAGCAGCGGGGGCUCCUGUGCCAGGCCGGGAGGGGCUCGGACAUUUCCAGGCCUGGGCACAACCCUGCCAUCACCAGGCCACCAUUAAAGGGAGCUCACCUGUGUCUUGAGUGAGCGAGUAAACAGA